CCGAACUGCCACUGGAUCCUGUUAUUGGCCAACUCUUGGACUGAGGGGUGUCCCCUCUGGAUAACCACCAUAUCCCGGGCUGCAGAGCUGCUGAGAUUUAACACUUCAGCAUCUGCUGCCACUUGGGAAGCAGCCUUGGAGCUUCGGCUUCCUUUUUUCCUCCUGCUUUGGGUACCACACAACCGCCACCGUGUCUCGCCAGAGAGCCAAGAUGUCCAAAGUGGCCAAAUACCGGCGACAAGUUAGUGAAGAUCCAGAUAUAGACAAUUUAUUGUCUACUUUGUCUCCAGAGGAGAUGGAGGAGCUGGAAAAGGAGUUGGAUGUGGUGGAUGCAGAUGGGAGCAUCCCUGUGGAGCGCAGUCAGAAAAACCAAUCGGAAAACUCCUCCCCUGGCCCACAGAACUGUGAUGCGGAGCUCAACCACCACGACAAGGGCACCAGGAGGCUCCUGCAGCGGGAGCACUCGAUAGACGAAAGCAGGUUGAGCGAGCAUAAGGGAGGCAAAAAUGAAGAAAAAGGAAAAGAAUCUCCAUCCAAAGACCUGGCCCAGAAACGAGAUACUAAAGUGGGGAAAGACUCUAAAAAGGAAGAAAGUGUUCAGAAAACAGACCUGAAAGGUAAAGCUGAGACUGAGCCCAAGAGCAAAGAGAACAAAGCCAUGAAUGAUAAAGUCAAGGCUAUGGAGAAGAAGCUAAUGGGGAAGGAGAAGAAGGAGGAAGAGAAGGGUUCAGUGUUGAAGAAGGACACAGGGAAGGACAAAAAGGAGGAAGAGAAGAGCUCAGAGUUGAAGAAGGAUGCAGGGAAGGAUAAAAAGGAGGAAGAGAAGAGUUCAGAUUUUAAAAAGAAGGAUUCAGGGAAGGAUAAAAAGGAGGAAGAGAAGGUCUCAGGAGCAAAAAAAGAGACAGAGAAGGAAAAAAAGGAAGAAAAGGAUUCAGCAUCAAAGGACACAGGGAAGGACAAAAAGGAGAAGAGUUCAGAACCAAAGAAACCGGCAGAGAAAGACGUAAGAGGGGAAGGUAAGAAAGAAAAAGAUGAAAAAGAAGAGGGAAAGGGUUCAGCUGUGAAAAAACCUGAGGCAGAUGAAAAGGAUAAAUCCCAGACAGAGGCAGAAAAGGCAGAAAACUUGGAARAGAAACAGGAGACCAAGGCAGAGGCUGGAAGCAGGCCUUCCAAGCCUUCCUCCAGCAGCUCUGCAGAUCAAGCCAAGGAUGAUGAAGCCUCCAGCAUCUUUGAUGAGCUCAUCGAGAAGGUGAAGAACAAUGAUGCGGAGGUGACCGAGGUCAACGUGAACAACUCGGACUGCAUCAACAACGAGACCCUGGUGCGCUUCACAGAGGCCCUGGAGUUCAACACCGUGGUCAAGGUGUUCGCCCUGGCCAACACCCGUGCCGACGACCAUGUGGCCUUCGCCAUUGCCAUCAUGCUCAAGUCCAACAAAGUGCUGACAAGCAUCAACUUGGACUCCAACCACAUCACAGGCAAGGGCAUCCUGGCCAUCUUCCGAGCACUGCUGCAGAACAACACGCUGACAGAGCUGCGUUUCCACAACCAGCGGCACAUCUGUGGGGGAAAGACAGAGAUGGAGAUCGCCAAACUCCUGAAGGAGAACACCACUCUCCUGAAACUCGGCUACCACUUUGAGCUGGCUGGGCCACGCAUGACUGUCACCAACCUGCUGAGCCGAAACAUGGACAGACAGAGGCAGAAACGCCUUCAGGAGCAGAAACUAGCACAGGAGCGGGGGGAGAAGAAAGAUCUCCUGGAAGUGCCCAAGGCUGGAGCACUGCAGAAGGGGUCCCCCAAGGCAUCCCCACAGCCAUCCCCCAAGGCUUCCCCCAAAAGCUCUCCCAAGAAAGGGGGGGCACCAGCGGCACCACCUCCACCUCCUCCCCCACUUGCCCCACCACUGCUGAUCAAUGAAAACUUGAAGAACUCCCUCUCGCCAGCCACACAGAGGAAGUUGGGAGACCGAGCACUGCCAGUCCAGGAGAAGAACUCUCGGGACCAGCUCCUGGCAGCCAUUCGCUCCAGCAACCUCAAACAGCUCAAGAAGGUGGAGUUGCCAAAGCUGCUGCAGUAGGGAGCAGGAGGAUUUUUUCCCCCCGCAGCCCACGGCAGACCUUCAGACACUCACCUUUCUUAUGACUGUUUCCAUGAUGAGCCCUUUGGAACCUGCAGUGACCGACGCCAAGGAGCAGGGACCUCUCUGGGGCACAAAAGAUGGGCCGGGCCCUGCAGAAUGUGAUGGAGGACAUUGUAUUUAUUUUUUGAUGGUUGUGGAGCCUUCAAGCUCUUCUUUCUGCCAGCACCGUGCCCCGCUCCAGACAGAGAUGCCAAGAAUAGAGCAGGGGUCUGCAGAGCUGAUCGUUAUGGAAAUCGCCCUCAGUGCACGAUGAAGGGGUUUGGCACCCUCUAUCCAGGGUCCAGCCUGGGGUAAGCAGGAGUACCCCCAACCUUGGGGGGAGCAGGGAUACCCAGACCAUCAUAUCACCACAAGGUCUCUGGGUAACUAGCAGAGUUUUGGGAUUCAGGCACAGCAGUGGCUGUGGGAUUGGGGGUUCAGGCCUGACAUCAGGAGGAAUGGGAGGGUUGGAGAAGGGAGCAGCUAGGGAGAGAGGGUGCAUGAAGUGGUGGGACAUGAGGAACCAGGCUGGGGCCAGGAGCUCAGGGCAUUUCAUACACACCCACAGCACUGCUGGGGGACCCCCAGAGCCCUCAGAGCAUGGGAACCAAAUCUGCCCCAGGGGGAGCAGGGAAAGCACCGGCUCGGGGUGGGCAGUGGGCUCUGGGGUCACACAAUGCCCACUCCCCCCCACCUUCCUGUCGUGACGCCUUGAUCACGAUUUGUAUGACUGCAGUCACUGCAUCAGCAAUAAAGCUCACCCAAUGCUUCCCACGCCUCUGGACGGCUCCGCUCCCCCAGACCCCAAACUGGGGUGCAGGGCAUGUCUGGGAAUGGGCUCAGCCCCCCCCAGCCUCUCCCAUACCCACAGCUAAACCUGAACUGGGCACCCUGGGACCACCUGGACACCUCACCCUGAGUGUCCCUGGUCACCCACCAAUCCCGACAUCCCCAAAUGGGGUACCCAGGACCCCCAAAUGGGACAUCCAAACACCCCCAAAUGGAAUACCCUGCUGCUGCUGGACACGGACAGCCAGGUGUCCAGAGCCGUGCAGACACCCCAAAACCCUGGAGUCACCUAGAACUGGACACCAUAGGACCACUCCACAGUGACCCCAAACCCCUUGAGUCCAGCAGAAUUGGGCACCCUUAGGCUGUCCCAAGGUCACCCCAAACCCCCGGGGUCACCCAGAACUGCUCUCCCUGCUGGCACCACAGGGCYGGGCCGGUUUGAGGGUGCAGCAGCACCUCUGGGAGACUCCCCCUGUCCCGGGACACCUACGUGCUUGGCUGAGAGGCAGCUCCCGAUAUCAGCGAAAUGCCGUUUUGGGGGGCAUUUCUGCAGCCGGGCAGCGCCGGGGCCCCGGCGGGAGGAACAGGAUUGGUACCGUGUCCUAUCCGCGCCCCUUUUCCCCCACGCUCCUGGCCCUUGGGGCGGUCCCUGCUAAUGCUGGACCCCAAUCGGGCAGCGCCGGGGCCAUUGGGACAUCCCGCACCGAGCAUCCGGCCGGCCCCGGAAUCAGAGCACCGGAGGCAUCACCGAAAAAUACUAGGGGCGUCACCCAAACACCGGCGGUAUCACCUAAACAACGGGC